GUCGCAACGUUAGUCUGUUGCAGGUGCCGAGAGAGUAAAGAACACAAAAUAAAAAUCUAAUCUUAAUCGCCAGUUGGUUUUAUUAGAAAUCGACGCGUUAUCGUACCGUUCAAAAUUCAAAAUUGUAGUAACAACAACGAAAUUGGAAAAAAAUAGUUUUGAAAUUUUUGUUGUUAAUAUUUUUAAGAGCGACACACAUAAACAAAAGCCAGACUAGAGUCAAGGGCUAAGAAAAGGAAUUACGGAUUUAAACAACAUCGAAACUGAGAACAAAAUUAAUUUAAAAAGAAUUCAAUUUUUUCUGACUGUGAUAUAAUUUAAAAUUCCUAAAAAUAAAAAAAUAAAAUAUUUCAAAUCAUUACAAAUUAACAUACAUUUGUUGUUAAUUACAAAUUUUUAAGUUACCUCAAUUGUAAGAGAUCGUACUUAGUUGGUCCAACAAUUUCUUGGGUUCAAAAUUCAUAAAUCUUGAUGCAAAUAAUAUAACCUAAGUCCCGUCCAAAUUAUCAACAGUAGCAUGAUGUCACGUACCGUACGAUACUUUAAACUAAUCUACAUGGCCGCCGGCAUACUGAUGAGCAAUGCCGAUAUUUGCGAAACCGUCGACUCCAUACAAAUCGCACCACGCGUUGAAAUGAAAGAGAAACAACAGCAGCAACAGUUAGCGAAAAAGAAAUCACGUCUUGCCAUUGAAGAUAAACCCAGUGUGGAGAAGAAAGGUGCAAAUGGAUCAGGUGGAGGUGGAUGGUUACCGAAACUUAGCCUAACCAACAUGGUGGAUCGCAUCAAGACGCGCAUACGCCCCCACUUGCCCGACUUCAGCUUGUGGGCAUUGCCCAGUUACGUCAUUGAUUUUUCCACAAAUCUCAUUUGUCGUAAAUUUAUUAUCAACAGUGACUGUGAUGUUAUUUAUAAAUGAAUCGAGAAGAUAAUAGCUUUAAGAAUUAAAAUAAAACAAUUUUUUAAUAGAAAAUAAUUGCUUAAAAUAGUGAAAAAUAGAAAAAUGUGCCAUAAAUAAGGAGAAAUUAAA